AUGAUUCGAAAAUCUUAUCGAAUAACAUCGAUGAGGUAUAGAAUUCAUUGUCGAACAAUUAUUUUAUGUAUUUGUAUUUGUAUAAUAUUUAUUUUAUAUUUAUUGUCGAAUUCAAAUAAUUCAAUUGUUACAGAUAAUGUAAAUAAAACAACUUCAAAAUUUCAAUGUGAUAUUUCAUUAAAUUCUUAUAAAAUAUGUUUAAAAUAUUCUAAUGAUAUAACACAUAAUAAAGAAAUUUCCAAUGGAAUUGAAACAUAUCUUAUGUUAAAAAAAGAAAAUGAAACAUUAGUAAAUCAAUCAACUUAUUGGAAUGAAGAUGAUCGUUAUAAACCAUUUACAAAAUUAAUAUCAACAUCAAUAGAUUCAUCAUGUCAAAUUAUUUAUUGUGGUGCAAAUGAAUUUGGAACAGACGGUUUACAUUUAAUUCGACAGAAUAAAAAUUGUCAAGUUUGGUUUUUUGAACCAAUUCCAAUAUUUUAUGAUAAAUUAAUUCAUUCAAAAGAAAUUCUAGAAAUAUUAAAAACUGGUAAACAUCAUUUAUUUAAUAUUGGUUUAUCAAAUAAAACACAAAUUAUUCCAAUAACAUUAAAUGAUAUUAAAGAAUCACAAGCUUUAUCUCUCGUUAAUAUAUUAAAUAAACAUGAAAAGAUUGAUAAAGUUUUAAAAUAUGAAAUUAUUCUUCGAGAUAUUUAUGAAAUCUUAUUUGAAUUUAAUUUUUUAUUAAAAACAGAAACGAUAAUAAAUGGUGAAUUAAAUUUAUUACAUAUGAAUUGUGAAGGUUGUGAAUAUGAUGUUAUUGAAAGAUUAUACGAAACAAAUUUAAUAAAAUAUAUUCGAAUUAUUCAAUUUGCUUCCCAUAGAUUAAAUUCUUUACGUCAAAUAAUUAAUCAUAAAUAUUGUUGUUUACAACAAUCUUUAACAAAUACACAUAAAUUAAUAUUUAGUAUACCUUGGGCUUGGGAAAGAUGGAUUAGAUAUGAUCUUAUUUAA